AUGGGGAUGGCUCAGUUGAGGCACUGGUGUAAGGGCGAAGGUAUUGACCCAGAGUAUGCCAUAUUGGUUAAGAAUGUCCCAGAAGAGGUAGAGGUGAAUGCCAUUGAAGAAACUUUGCAGUCAAUCAAAGCACUUGGUCGGGUUAAGGUGAGAGGCAGGAUGUAUGAUCCGCAGACUCAACGUUUAACUGUGCUGUGUGAGUGUAGGCAGAAAGUCAAUGCAAAAGCCUGUCCACUGGAUGUCUUGCCAGAGGGCUCAGAUGAGCCAUGGAGAAUCUUUGGACCUUCUGAAGAGGAAAAUGAACCACAGAACUCUGGAAAUGGAGGUAACCCAUUUGUUGACUCGGGUCAAGAUUCCCCAUUUAGAACAUCCACCCCUGAAGCCAUUAUAAGAGCAGUUGGUGAAGUCCUUCAAAUGACAAACCCUCGUUCAGGCAGUGAGGGUAGCUCUUACAGACGUUUACGCACUUUCUCUGGAGUGCAACCCACUCCUCCAGGGGAGGAGACAUUGGAGAACUGGAUUGAACAAGCCAGGCUUAUGAUAGAAGAGUCUGAGCGACCUGAGAGAGAAAUGAAAAUGAGAGUUAUGGAAAGUGUGAAGGGUCCAGCUCUGGAAAUAUUGCAGGCCGUUCGGUUCAACAACCAUGAUGCAACAGCUAUGGAGUACCUCGAAAUAUUGGAGAGCACGUUUGGCACGUCUGAAACUGGAGAAGACCUGUACUAUUCAGACAGCUAUGUCAGCAACCGAAUGAGAAACUCUCUGAAUUUCUGA